UCUUGAUUGUUUCUGCUAGCUUCGGGUUCACGGUGUUUAAAGAGAAACUUGUUAUGUACAGCGAGUAUCGUAACAAUUCUCCUUCCUUGUUUCCUAGCUAUGCCACACAUGAUGAUAUGAUGUUGUAAUCUGCUUUCGGGUCCAAGAGCCAGACUCUUCAAUACAGCUGGAGACAGAGUUUUCAGUACAUAUAGAAAUCUAUGUAUGGCACAACAAUCUAACGAUGUACCGAGGAUUUAGGCUUCAGAAAAUGGUGGGAUUUACCACUUAAUUAGAUCAUCUCAGCUCCAUAUGCAAAACGGUAUUAGUUUGGUUAGUUCUGAUUGUUUUUGUUUUUCUUGUGUAUCAGCUUACAACAGAUUUUCUCCUCAAAAAAAAGAAGCUUACAACAGAUUAACAUUCUUAUUGUUACUAGAAACGAAUUCGUGCAUAGGGUAUAAACAUCUUGUUUGUUCAGGCUGAAGAACAUUCUUAACUUCGCAGUUGAUUGUACCAAACCAAUCACCAACAUUUGUUCAUUAACUUCAAUUGUAACGUUUCACCAUCAGAGAUGUUGCAAACUUGUGAACCGCAUGAGUUGUGGACGAAGUCGGAUAGACUCCGCUCUCGUCUCUCAUCCCAUUCAAUCUCAUCAAUUUCGCCUCGGCUGCUUAUCAAGAAGAGCUUUGCUUACCACAAGAUGCCUCAGCAGCCUCUUAACCUCUCUGUUAUCAAAUUGGACGGCUCUACCUUCGACGUGCAAGUUUCAAGGAUGGCAACGGUGGCCAAACUAAUAGAGGCCGUGAAAGAUGUUUUUGAUCAGUCAGCAAAUGAUGAUGAAGUGAUUUCAUGGUCGCAUGUCUGGGGUCAUUUUUGCUUAUGUUACAAUGGCAAGAAGCUACUUGAUUACAAGGCAUAUAUUAGAGUCAUUGGAAUCAAAGAUGGCGAUCAGCUUCGUUUUGUUCGGCAUCUAUCAGCUAAUAGCUUAUGA